UUUGUGUGGUGAACUCUGUUUUGGCAAAUUUCUUUCUUAAGAUAAUUAAACAGCCAUGACUAUUGAUGAUUCAAGCAUAAUUUCAACUCCAACCAGGCUAGAGGGAAAAUAUAGUGGAAUGGUGGUAUGUUGGAUUCUUGGACUUGGGUCACUUGUUUCUUGGAAUAGUAUGCUAACAAUUGGUGAUUAUUAUUAUCAACUUUUUCCUAAAUACCAUCCUUCAAGGGUGCUUACCCUCGUUUAUCAGCCGUUUGCACUCGCGACAAUGGCAAUUCUUGUAUAUAAUGAGGCAAGAAUCAAUACAAGAAAGCGCAACCUAACUGGAUUCACUCUUUUCUUCUUAAGCACAUUUGCGCUCCUAGUGUUGGAUUUGGCUACAUCAGGAGCUGGCGGUCUUGGAAAUUACAUUGGUAUAUGUGCUAUAGUCGCGGCUUUUGGAGUUGCUGAUGCUUUUGUUGAAGGUGGAAUGGUAGGAGAUUUAUCCUUCAUGUGCCCUGAAUUCAUCCAAUCAUACUUAGCCGGUCUGGCUGCGUCUGGGGCUCUCACCUCGGCUUUAAGGCUAGUGACUAAAGCAGCUUUUGAAAGGGCUAGUAAUGGUCUUCGCAAAGGAGUUAUGUUGUUUCUAGCUAUCUCCACAUUCUUUGAAUUUCUAUGCAUUCUUCUAUACGCUUUCGUCUUUCCUAAGCUACCAAUCGUUAAGUACUACCGCACAAAGGCAGCAGCAGAGGGAUCAAAAACUGUUGCAGCAGACUUAGCUGCAGCAGGUAUCCAAACUGAAGCAACCGAAAGAGUUGAUGCUAACGCUAAACAAUUGGAGCGCCUGAGCAACAAACAGCUGUUCUUUCAGAACAUCGAUUACUUAUUGGAUUUGUUCUUGAUUUAUGUCCUGACUUUGUCAAUUUUCCCUGGAUUCUUGUACGAGAAUACUGGUUCACACAAAUUAGGUUCAUGGUAUGCUUUAGUCUUGAUAGCAGUUUACAACAUGUUCGAUUUGAUAGCAAGAUACAUUCCAUUGAUCGAGAAAAUCAAGUUGAAAUCACGAAAGGGCCUAAUGAUCGCAACACUAUCUCGUUUCUUGUUCAUUCCUUGUUUCUACUUCACUGCAAAAUACGGUGAUCAAGGCUGGAUGAUAAUGCUCGUGUCCUUCCUCGGACUCACCAAUGGUUAUCUCACCGUUUGUGUCCUCACAGUUGCUCCUCAGGGAUACAAGGGUCCUGAGCAAAAUGCAUUGGGCAACUUGCUAGUGUUAUGUCUACUUGCUGGACUAUUCUCUGGUGUUGCACUGGAUUGGUUGUGGAUUAUUGGUAAUGGAAAAUUCUAACAACACAUUGAUGUGUACAUAGGUAUCGUUAACGACAUUAUACAAAAUGUUAGAAUCUCUUUUUCGACUCUCCAUGAGUCUCCAGCAUAAUAGGUGUGAGUUCAAUUUUCAAGGUAUCAUUUUCGGCUUCUCCUUCUGUAUUUCCUAUGUAAGAGUGUUUUUUUUUAGGAGAAAAGAAUUUCUAGGGUCA